AUGGCGCUGGCGCUGCUGCUGACGCUCGGCCUCUUCACCGGCUCCCUGCGCCUUGUGCACGCGCAGGGCGUGUAUGGAACCGGAGCGGAGUCAGUGGCGUGUGACCUUGGGUUCCGCGGGAGCUCCGGGGCGCCCCCUACAGUGCGUAUCGUGCACGCGGCUCCGGCCUGUGACGUGGACGAGGACCGUUUCACUGAGAGAGUCCACACCAUCAGAGAGGGACAGACUCUGGAGCUGCUGUGUCUCGUGACAGGGCACCCGAGACCUCAGAUCCGGUGGACAAAGACGGCGGGUGGGGCUUCUGAUCGUCAUGGUGAUGCUGCUCCACCCAACGACACUCUGAGGAUUGAGUCCAUCACCCGCCACCAGGGGGGGCGCUACUACUGCAAAGCUGAGAAUGGACAGGGAUCCCCGGCCAUACGCUCCAUCAGGGUCGACGUGUACUAUUUAGACCCCCCUGUGAUCUCAGUGCACCAGAGCCUGGGUGAGACAGACCAGUUCUACUCGGACCGGACCGUGUUCCUGAGGUGUGAGGCCCGGUCCAACCCAAGUCCCGACUACACCUGGUUCAGAGGAAAGACUCCUCUGAGCGAAGGGACUGACCAGGGAGUGGACAUCUACGAACCACUGUUUACUCAGGGGGGGACUAAGAUCCUGAAGCUGAAGAACCUUCGUCCUGUGGACUUCUCUGAGUACAGCUGUGUGUCGUCUGUGAGAGGAGUGUGUGGGAUCAGAGACAAGAGCGCCACCUUCAGGCUCACCAAUACUACAGCGCCCCCUGCUGUCCGCUUGCUACUGCCUGACCCUGUCAUAGUAAACCCGGGCGAAAGUGUGACUCUGGGCUGCGUGCCAUCGGCAGGUGACCCUCCCCCCGCCAUAACCUGGGUGCGUGCCGGAGGGGCAGAGCUCCCCAAACACAGCUCGGCCAAUCGCGGCGCUCUGACUGUCACCGCGGUAACUGUAGAGGAUGGGGGCGUGUACACCUGCGUCGCCACAAACAACGUGGGCAGCCCAGCCAAAAAGAACACCACCAUCCUAGUGCGAGGUCUGCGCAGGGCCCGGUUCUGGAUCACGCCGGACCCGUACCAUAACGAUGACCACAUCCAGAUCGGGCGCGAGGUGAAGAUCACCUGUCAGGUAGAGGCCACGCCCCCUGAGGAGCUGACCUUUGAUUGGCUGAAGAACGGACGACCUCUGCGCAGCUCGGAGCGGAUGGUGAUCACACACUCAGACUCGGCAGCUCCGGGUCGGUCCAGCCUGGACAUCAUUGACCUGAAGUUCACAGACUUUGGGACCUACAGCUGUGUGGCGUCACUGAGGAACGGAGGAAGUCCAGAGAUCAGUAUUGACGUCAACAUCUCCUCAACCACAGUUCCUCCGGAGCUGACUGUGCCUAGGGGGCGCUCUGUGCUGGUAGUGCAGGAGGGCGACUCGGUGGACCUGCAGUGCCUGGUAUCAGGGAAACCCAAACCCACCGUCCUGUGGUUCAAACUGGACUCAUACUCCUCGGCCCACAACCCUGAAGGGGGACAGGUGGACAGCGCCCCCCUGUGGGAGAGUGCAGACGGGUUGCUUCACCUGUCCAACGUGUCUCGGGACAUGUCUGGAGUUUAUCGCUGUCAAACGAGUCAGCUCAAUGGCUUCAACGUGAGGCCCAGACAAGCACUCAUCCUGCUGCACGUGCACUAUCCCCCUGUAGUGGAGCCUGUGUUUGCUGAGGUGCGGCAGGCAUUGGGCAGGGCGUUUUCUCUCUCCUGUGGACUUCUGGGAGCCCAUCCCUCCAGGGGCCUUCGCUUCGAGUGGAAGCUGGGCUCCAGGCUCCUGACGCGGGGAGAGCUGCUCCACGGACAAACCCAGUACCAGGUCCGAGCUCUGAACCGAGAAGGCUACGGACUGUACACCUGCGAGAUCAGCAAUGAAGCAGGGGCCGGCAGGUGCAGCUUCCAUGUAACAGGUAAAGCCUUUGCUCCAGAGUUUUAUUACGACUCAGACUCGAGUCUGUGGCAGAACCGGCCCUCGGUCUAUGGCUUCAGACUCCUCUGGACCCAACGAGAACCCGACUCUGUGGACCGGGUCCUGGCCUACAGACUGGGACUGAGACAGCUGUCCCAGACUCGAUGGUGGGAGCAGGAGAUCCCCAUAGACUCAGUGAUCCAGAAGGGGGCGCUGCUGAGCCAUAACCUGACGGAACUGGUCAAACCUGAGUCUUACCUGGUCAGACUCACGCCUAUAACGCGCUUUGGUGAGGGCGAUGCCUCCGAACGCAUCAUCGCCUACACAGCUCCUGUAAACCCACACCUCAGACAGUUCCGGUGUGGGUUUGAAGACCCCGCCCUGUGCCUCUGCUCUCAGGAUCGCUCGGAUCAGUUUGACUGGACAAGACACAGCGCUGCGUCACGUGACUCCAAGUACACGCCCAACACUGGCCCGAGUGCUGAUCACCGCGGCGACAAGAGCGGGCACUAUCUGUAUAUCGAGACGUCCCGUCCCCGCGUACCUGGAGACAAGGCCCGCCUCCUCACACCCACCUUUAACUCCGCCCCCAACUCACCUGUGCAUGUAAACCCCGCCUCCAACUCUCCCGGCUCCGCCCCCAACAGCCCGGGCCCCACCUACUGCUUCUCCUUCUACUACCACAUGUAUGGCAAGCACAUCGGUUCUCUCAACGUGUUCCUGCGCCAGAAAGCCUCAGACUCUCAGGUUUGGAGUCUUAGUGGUAACCAAGGCGAUCGCUGGAGACAGGCCCGAGUCAGCAUCCAGCCAAGCUCUGCCUUCCAGAUGGUGGUGGAGGGCGUGCGAGGUGCAGGAAUAGAGGGUGACAUCGCCAUUGAUGACAUUUCAAUAGAAGAAGGAGAGUGUAAAGACCCACCCCCCAAAAAUCUGAGAUCCUUGGCCCCGCCCCCUCCGUUCCAUAUAUGGACGCUGAGCCUGUCCCUAACUCUGGCUCUGAUUGGUCGAGAGAGGUGACCCCAGUCCAUCUCCGCCCACUUUUACUCGAACACCCAAUCACAUACAGCCCGCACCUAGACCCACCCCGUCGCACACAGAGCCAAUCACAGCCUUGGAUCUCUCUAAACCCCGCCCCCAAAUCGACCAAAGAGAAAAAGUCCUGGCAGUGUCAGGUUUUAGUCACGCCUCCUCCACACCUCAGCUGUCAAUCACCCACAGACACCUGUCACUGUCCAGUUUGUCCUUUUUUAGUUUCUCUCAUGUUCUGUAGCUGUAGUCACACGUGUGUCUCAUCUUAAAUAUGUUAAUAGCAAAGUUUGACUCUGUCACAGAACAAUGGCAUUUGACCAGAAUCCUCAAAGUUCUGUUUUACUGAAGUCUGACUUUACUCAGCUCUGCUCUGUUUCUAACUUUUAACAAUUUAAAUACACAAUUUUCAGAGUAAAGUCUAACAGAGGUUCAUGGUUCAGACAGAGCAGUGUUUUCAGUUAGCUUCACACCCUCAGGGAAUGUUGAUGACAUCAGUUGAAAAGUAUCUACUGUAUAUUCCAAGAGUCAGUUUUAUACCACCACUGUCAAAAAAGAGGUUUGUCCAAAGAGUGGUUGUGAGUCUGGACAUGCUCAGUUUGAUAGACAAUGACAAAACCCCGCCUGCUGUGGGUGUGUCCCUGUGAUGAUUGACAGCUGAUUCUUCAAGGGGGCGUGGCAGAAACAGGACCCGCCUCUGAACUGGAACAAAACAAACUCUUAAUGUUGUAUUUUUGUAAAUGCCCCCACAGGACACGCGCAGUACUGCAGUGUCACAGCACAAAGAGAUUCCCUUUUAAAAGAUUAAAAACACAAAUGUUUACUGCCUAUUUUUAUAUCAUAGACUACAAGUAUUUAUAGAAAAAUAAACCUUUAUUGAAGAUAGGUCUAAUAACACGAGUAGAUACUGGCCCUUUAGUUUGAACGAAUGGUGCUAUUUAUUCAGUGUUUAAAUGUUUCAUUUUUAUUUUACUUUAAUUUACAAAUAUGAAAACACAUCUGUUUAAAUAGGUGGAGUUACACACCAUAGUCAGCAAUAGCAAUUACAGAUUUGAUUUUUAUCAUUUCAAAGCUGCACUGUGUCACUUUUCUGUUGGAGGGUCUGCCACCUGCUUGUCUCCAUGGAGAUGCUAUAGCUUUGCCUGGAUUUUUUAUAGUGUUGUGUGUAUAAACACAUUUCUUGCAUAUAUUCAAGAUUUAACUUCAUAGAAACCGUAAAAAUGGUAUAUUGUGCAAAAAAAUUUUUUUUAGGCUUUCUACCAUGUUAUAACGUUCCCUCAUCAAAAGCAUGCCUGAAGAGGUUUUAGAUGUCAUCUAUGCAUGUUUGAGUAAUCUAGCGAUCUCUCCCAGGCCCUAUUCAAACCUCAUACGUUUAGCAAAAUGACCCUGUCCAAGGCUCAGCCCACAAGCCUCAAACGUCAUCCAUGCUCCCACACGACAAUUCUCCAUUAAAAAACAAAAGCAUGAUAAAAAAAAAAACAGUUCACAGCAUUAACGGGAUGUACGUUGAUUGUGUUGCGAUAGUGCUCUGAAUGGGGAGUGACUUAGUAUCAGCAGAAAAGGAAACUUAUAUAACUUGUUUUGUGGUGAAUAUAGCAUUUUAUAUAAAUAAUACAAGGUAAGGUUAUGAUUUAAAUAUGUUAUGUGUUAGCAGUUAACCCCAUAAUAUUAUAAUACCCAGUCUCUACCAAACAGUUGACCGCUUGAGUGAGUUGGCCCCUUCACAGAUCUUACCUGUAACUUGACCUGGUAAGUUCACAUAUACUCAUCUCCAUAGAGAUUCAUAAGUUUAAUGCCAAACAGUGGAACACUUCAGAGAAACAGUAACACCCCCUAGAGACCCUGAAAAGCAGAAAAGUUACAAAGUGCAGCUUUAAAGUUCAGGUUUGAGACUCACUGCCGACAACUGUAGAAAUAAGUUAAAUACCACUUUUACAAAAGGAUUUUAAAUGUAUUAACAUAUUAGUAAUUUUGUCUAGGGAGAUUAAAUGAGUAAAGUUUGGAGCGACAGGGUACAUAAAAGUUUAAGACCGUGUUUUUGGUGGACCCUAGAGGCCAGAAUGGGUACUACUGUUUUGUUCCAGUUCAACCGAAGCACAUUAAAUUUAACGAAUGUCCCACCCCUCAUAUCUACAGUACUGUACAGACUCUUAUUCUGAAAAGCUCUGAGGAGGAAGUGCCUUUAUUCAGACUCGGACCGGACCCAAACCAUGACUAGACCCAGGACUCGGACUAGAACCAGAACUAGGCCCAGGACUAGACCCGGUUUUGGUCCAAACAGACUUUUUAUGCAGAAACUGUAGAUCUCUGAAGACU